GCAUUCACGACGGGCGGUGGCCAUGGAACCUUCGCCGACGCGCCGCCGGAGCUUUGUCGUGCGGGCGCCGAGCUCUGCAUCGGGCCUGCCCGCCGAGAAGACAAGCAGCGAAGAAGCGGUCGCUUGGGCUACCGCCUUGCGCGAGCACCGCCGGGCGACGGCCGAGCCAGGCGUGUCCUGGGUGCACUGUGUCGUCGUCGGCGGCGCGGUCUGCUUCCUCCUCAUCAUGGUCCAGCUGUACAGCCAAGUGACAUCCAUGGCGUCGUUCGUACAGCCAGAUCGGCAGAUGCGCCCGACGCGGCUCGAUGUCGCAGUGGAUCUCGCGACGCUCUUCCAUGGCGGCGUGCAAACAGUGGACUUUGAGAAGCAAGUCGUGUGCGCAGUGUGCCAUGGCCACGGGUACGACCAGGCCGCGGGCCUCCGAAAGUGCCCCGUGUGUGGCGGCGCCGGCAUGGUCGUGCACGAGCAACGGUUUGGCCACCGCGUCCAUCGUGUUCGGCACGGCUGCGAUCGCUGCAGCGGGGCGGGCCAUCUUCCGAACCGCGUCUGCCCUAUUUGCCACGGGCACGGGCACCACCACGCGUCGGCUUCGAUCGCCGUCCCGGUUGCGCCCGGCAUGAUGCACGGCGACGAGAUUCUGUUGACGGGCGGCGGCGAUGCACAGCGCCACGUGGCGACCGGAGACGUCCUUGUGCGACUCGUGCCAUCGGCAUCGCCGACAAGGUUUGUGCGGCGUGGCGACGACCUCGAGACGAUCAUGGUCAUUUCACUCGCCGAGGCGCUGACGGGCGUCGCGACGUACAUGGAGCACCUCAGCGGCGACUUGGUGCCCAUCACAACGCAGGACGUACUGCAUCCACACGCAGUUGUGCGUGUGCCAAACCAAGGCAUGCCGCUGCGCCACGACCCGCAACGGUAGGACCCGACGAAGCGUUCGUCUCUGUAGCCCGUCGUCGUCCUUGCUCUAGGCGUGGCGACUUGGUCGUGCGGUUCGACAUUCGGUUCCCAACGACCUUGACGGCGGCGCAAACCGCGGCUCUGCAAUUGCUGUUGCCGGACGUCGAUGCCGCUUAAGCGACGCUCUGUGCCCGCGUCGCAGUACGAUUAGAGAAUGCAGCUCUCAGCAUUUGAGAGCCGAGAAGAGAGUAAGAGUUGCUGAGAGCUGGGAGAGUACCAAGAGCUCCGCGAGCUCUCAGUUAUCAGGACAGUUAUCCGGACAGUAGAAGCAGGGGAUGCGGUCAAGGACCUUGGUGGCAGAAGGCUUUUUCCGACAAAACUGUCCAAGUCCCGAGUCCUCAUAUGAAAAGAAAGCUCUGUAUCGUUCCCAGAUGGAUGUGUCGGUACACUUCGUACUCGCAGCCACACAAGAUUGCCCAUCUGCAGCCUCUGGUCUUGCGCUACAAGAGCGGCAGCUAACCGUGUUUGUCAGAGUCGAGGGUCG